AGCAUGAGAAGCGUGCACUGGCAGUGUCUUGCAGCAUUUCUCUCUUACUUCAGCUUCAGUGUGACAUAGACACUUUUGCUUCUCUUGGAAGAAGUAGACUGCUGCUUUAAGGAAGUGUGUGGACACUAUCUCUUCCACCGAUGCUGUUUGUAGCUUGCCCGUCCUUUUUGAUUUUAGUUAAUUGAUUUAACACUUCAGGUUGAUCUUUGAUUAUUUUUCAUCUUUAGCUUUAGUAGUGGACUGUUUUUAUGUACUAGCUGAAAAUCAAUAUUUCCAGACCUGCAUCAUUGAAGCUCUUGUGGUCUUAAGUGCUGUUGGAUUUUCUCGAAGUUUCAAAGUCCCUCCCCAGGGUCUGUGAAUGAUGCAAGGCUUCUGGGGAGAGGUCGUAAAUCUAAGGACCAUCAGAGGAGCUACAAGAUUCUCGGGCAAUGAUGAGGAAGCUGUUGUUGAUCAGGGGAAAACCAGCUCUACCAUCCACACGAACUUUGAAAAAGAGGAACUUGAAAGUCACAGGGCAGUUUACGUGGGCGUUCAUGUUCCUUUUGGAAGACAAAGCAGGCGUAGACAUCGCCACCGUGGUCACAAGCACCAUCGGAAAAGGAAGGACAGAGGGUGCGACCGAGAGGAUGGGAGAGAAUCCCCAGUGUAUGACACUCCCUCACAGAGGGUCCAGUUUAUCCUCGGCACUGAGGAUGAUGAUGAGGAGCAUAUUCCUCAUGAUCUCUUCACUGAGCUCGAUGAGCUGUCCUUCCGGGAUGGACAGGCUUACGAGUGGAAGGAGACGGCCAGGUGGUUGAAGUUUGAGGAGGACGUCGAGGAUGGAGGAGAGCGCUGGAGUAAGCCCUACGUCGCUACACUUUCCCUGCACAGCCUGUUUGAGUUACGGAGUUACAUUCUCAAUGGCACAGUCAUGCUGGACAUGAGAGCAAACACUAUUGAGGAUAUUACCGACAUGGUAUUAGACAACAUGGUGGCUUCUGAGCAGCUAGACGAGAGUUUGAGGGAGAAGGUUCGGGAAGCCGUGCUGAAGAGACACCACCACCAGAAUGAGAAGAAACUCAGCAAUCGCAUCCCGCUCGUGCGCUCCUUCGCCGACAUAGGCAAGAAACAUUCAGACCCACACUUGCUUGAGAGGAAUGGAGAGGGUUUCUCAGCUUCCCAUCUGUCCCUCCUUAGACGUACCUCCUCCACCUCUAUUCCCCCCAGAUCGCGCUGUCCCUCCAGAGAGUCUUACGGUUCCCGUUUCUCCCUCAUUCUCAACCACCUACUGACGAGUGCCAAUUCCUCCCCUCAAAACACGCCGCCCACUGCCCACCGCGCUUCAUCAUCUCUCCGCUCCCCAGAACCCUCUCAGCAGGGACCACAGCUGCUGGUGGCACAGGGACGGAGAGGGGACAUUCCAGAGGUUGUGGUUUUCCCACCCGAAGAGGAGGAGGAGGAUCCGCAAUCAUGGUUUUCCACCACUCUGGAAGAGCGGGUGGUGCAUGACCCGGCCAGGCUGGCACAGCUCUUGUCCCCACCGCAGUCAGGCCUUCUUGCAUCCCCCCAGUCGGCCCCGGGGAACCUGGAGAACAGUAAACCCAGUGAAAGCCGUAUGAACGGUGGCGGUGGCAGCAGGGAGAACAGCACUGUGGACUUUAGCAGGGUGGACAUGAAUUUCAUGAAGAAAAUUCCUCCAGGCGCUGAGGCUUCAAAUGUUUUGGUGGGGGAGGUUGAUUUCCUUGAGCGUCCAAUCAUUGCUUUUAUCCGUCUCUCACCUGCUGUUCUUCUCACCGGACUGACUGAAGUGCCCGUUUCAACAAGAUUUCUGUUCUUGUUGUUGGGACCUUCCGGUAAAGGGGGCCAAUACCAUGAGAUUGGCAGGUCAAUAGCUACUUUAAUGACAGAUGAGAUCUUUCAUGAUGUAGCAUACAAAGCCAAAGACAGAAAUGACCUUCUGUCUGGCAUAGAUGAGUUCUUGGACCAGGUGACAGUGCUGCCUCCAGGAGAAUGGGACCCAACGAUACGAAUCGAGCCGCCAAAGAGUGUCCCAUCUCAGGAGAAGAGGAAGAUGCCUUCCAUGCCUAAUGGCUCUUCUCCACUAUCAGAGAUUAUCAAAGAAGAGGAACACCACACUGGUCCUGAACUCCAGAGGACAGGACGGAUAUUUGGGGGUCUGGUGUUAGAUGUUAAGAGGAAAGCUCCGUUUUACUGGAGCGAUGUGCGAGAUGCUCUCAGCCUGCAGUGUCUGGCCUCCAUCCUUUUCCUCUAUUGUGCCUGCAUGUCCCCUGUCAUCACCUUCGGAGGCCUUCUGGGGGAAGCCACCAAAAACAACAUAAGUGCCAUCGAGUCUCUGUUUGGAGCUUCACUGACUGGUGUGGCCUUCUCCUUGUUUUCUGGUCAGCCUCUCACUAUCCUGGGCAGCACUGGGCCAGUUCUAGUCUUUGAGAAGAUUCUGUUUAAGUUCUGCAGUGACUACGGUCUGUCCUACCUCCCUCUGCGCACUAGCAUUGGCCUGUGGACGGCCUUCUUGUGCAUUGUGUUGGUUGCCACAGACGCCAGCUCUCUAGUGUGCUAUAUAACAAGAUUCACAGAGGAAGCCUUCGCUGCUCUCAUCUGCCUCAUUUUCAUUUAUGAGGCCUUGGAGAAACUCUUCCAGCUGGGGGAGAUGUUCCCUUUCAACAUGCACGACAAUUUGGACAACCUCACGUUUAACACAUGUCAGUGUUCACCUCCAUCCAAUAUCACAGAGAAGAUGGUUCAGGCUUGGAAUCAGUCAGAUUUUAAUCCUGAGACCAUAAACUGGAGUGAGCUCGAUGUGCCAGAUUGCAAGAAACUCCAUGGCGAGUUUGUGGGUCCUGCUUGCGGGCAUAAUGGCCCGUACAUCCCUGACGUAUUGUUCUGGUCUGUCAUUCUGUUCUUCACCACUUUCUUCCUGUCAUCCUUCCUCAAGCAGUUCAAGACCAAGCGCUAUUUCCCCACUAAGGUCCGCUCUUCAAUCAGUGACUUUGCAGUUUUUCUAACCAUCUUGAUUAUGGUCUUGGUUGAUUACCUGGUGGGCGUCCCCUCUCCUAAACUACACGUCCCAGAUACCUUUGAGCCCACCUCUAAGAGCCGGGGCUGGCUGAUCUCUCCUCUGGGCGAUAACCCCACAUGGACGUUGUUUGCAGCAGCCAUUCCUGCCCUUCUGUGCACCAUCCUCAUCUUCAUGGAUCAGCAGAUCACCGCUGUCAUCAUCAACCGUAAGGAACACAAGCUCAAGAAAGGCUGUGGGUAUCAUCUUGACCUGCUAGUGGUGGCCGUGAUGCUCGGUGUGUGUUCUGUGAUGGGCUUGCCCUGGUUUGUCGCUGCCACCGUCCUCUCCAUCUCUCAUGUCAACAGUUUAAAGGUGGAGUCUGAGUGCUCGGCCCCGGGAGAACAGCCCAAAUUUUUGGGUAUUCUUGAGCAGAGAGUCACUGGGCUCAUGAUCUUCGUGCUUAUGGGUCUGUCUGUCUUCAUGACAUCUAUUCUAAAGUUUAUCCCAAUGCCCGUGUUGUAUGGAGUGUUCCUCUACAUGGGUGUGUCCUCACUCAAAGGCAUACAGUUCUUUGACCGUAUUAAGCUGUUUGGGAUGCCUGCAAAGCACCAGCCUGACUUGAUCUACCUGAGAUAUGUGCCGCUGUGGAAGGUUCACAUAUUCACAAUAGUUCAGCUCACCUGCCUGGUACUGCUGUGGGUCAUCAAAGCUUCUGCUGCCGCGGUGGUCUUCCCUAUGAUGGUUCUUGCUCUGGUAUUUGUGAGGAAGCUUCUGGAUUUCUGCUUUUUGAAGAGGGAGCUUAGCUGGUUGGAUGACCUAAUGCCAGAAAGCAAGAAGAAAAAGGAAGACGACAAAAAGAAAAAGGCUAAGGAGAGACCUCUUGAUGUGUGUAACCAGGAAGCACAGUGCUUGAUGGAGGCUGAAGGAGCAAUGGAGGGCCCCUAUGAUAAUGGUGAUCACCUGGAAAUCCCAGUGAAGAGCCUUAAAGUCAGCACUGACCCCUCUAUGGUUAACAUAUCUGAUGAGAUGCCCAAAACUGCUGUGUGGAAAGCUGUUGCCAUGAGCUCUGACAGUGCCAAAGUAUUGAAACCUAGUGCCAGAGAAGAGAAGAUGGUUUGUAUUAAGAUCAAUGUAGAAGACGAGCAAGGGGAUAAAUGUGUGGAUACAGAGACAUCUUUAUGAUAGACAGACUUUAAGAGCUCACUGUGGACACUUGCAGGGCCCUUCCCAGAAUCCUCUAAUCUGUUGCUCUGUUCCUUUGGCCCUACCAACCUGCCUAAGUCCAGCCAAAGGUAGAGAUGCCCGAAAGAGGGCUGAGAAAUGACUUCCAGGUAUAUUUAUCUAAGUUUCUAUUUUUAACCAAACCAACAAACCUUUUUAUUUUGUACUUUUAGUUUUUAAUAUGAAUAAAGCACCAUGAUUUCUAGCAUAUACUGUAGGGUAUGUUAUGUAGAACUCAAGACUCUUAGGUUUCAUAUUUUUAUUUCAUUUUGUUAUUUAUUUUUUCUUGAGAUAGAUAUGAAGACGAAGUCUUUUAGAAUUAGUUUUACACUCCAAAAUCUUAUUUCUCAUGGUACCACAGUUUUCUGAUUAUCACCCUGGAUGUUUUUCAAGUACAUUAAAAUGAUGUUUGUUGCAGGGUGCCGCUUUUUUUUUUUUAUAUAUAAAUGCAUAUAUGAGAAAACGUCUCACUGAGACCAAAGUUGGUGACAUUAGGCUGCAUGACAGACCUUCCGAACUACUGGAAAAAGAGUGUGCAAAGCGAACACUUCAAAAUGUCACAUGAAGGACAUUUAAAUAUGAAUUACAACGUAAAUUAUUAUUAUUGUGCUUUGUAACAAUGUCAUUCCAAUUGACGGUCUGACAGAUUACUUGAUUUAUGUACAAAUUCUAUAUUAUAACAGUCAGAUUGAGAACAAAGUGAGAUCAAUUCUUGCAGUCACUCUGAAAAUAAAUAGCAGUUCAGAAAAUUCAACCUUAAGUAAUGUAAAUUGAGAGUUUUCCCCCACGUUUAUUUUUAAGUGUUUAUAUUAAUUCUCUUUUUAGUGUUGUAAAAGAGAAUUUUGUAUUGUUAGUACUUAUGAUUUGUUCAAUGUGUUAAUCAACUAAUUUAUUAAUGGUCAUUUAAUGGUUAAGCCGGCGAUGCAGAGGUAUGAUGGAGGAAGGACUGCUGCAGUGUUGUUGGCCUGUCAUUUCUUUCCUCUUCUGUUACUGGUGUUAAUGUGCACUUUAGGUAGGCUUGCCAUCGCGGCUGUAGGCCUGACAACAACUGAUUUAAUCUAGAGUAGUCUCAGGAAACUUUGCACUCUUUCCCCACACUUUGAAAAAAAAUCACAUGUCCUCCUUUUUACUCUUCAUUUUAAUGAGACAUGUCUUUUAAUAUUACACUGGACAAAAUAGUUGUGCCAUUGCCAUUUUGUUCAUGCCAAAAACAUUUAACAGUCUACAGAUGUUGACCUUUUUUGCAAAGUGUCAAUUAUAUAUAUAUAAAGAGAGAGAGAAUUUCUUUUGAACUGGUUUAUACUGCGUGAAAGCUUAUUUCCACCAUGGAUAAAAAAGAAAAAGAAAAAAGGUAAUUCAGAUUUUCUUUUCUUGCAAUUAAAAAAAAAUAAAAAAAUUAUUGUGAAUUGCAAGGGGGAAAAGUCUGAAUUGUUAGAUAAAAGGUAGAAUCUACUUUGUAUUUUUUAGUCUGUGGUGAAAACUUCCAUAGGUUUAGGAGUUGACAAGUAUAGCUCAUUUGUAUUUUGGUAUACAUGCAGUAGUAAACCAGCUUGCUCACAGCCCUUCAUAGAUCCCACAGUGAAAAUGAAAUACCUCUGACUGCUAUACUGUAUGUGAAAGCACUCUUUGAUUUGUAAAUCAGUAGGUUCAUUCUGUACACUUUCAUUCUUGCUGCAAGUUGCUUGUUAAAUGAUGACCAAUAAAUGCUGGAGUCUGUGGGUGGGAAUAAAAAUGUAAUAUCCUCCUUCAGAUUUUCAGUCAUAUGCAGUUAGUACCUUCCUUUAGCCUUUUGAAGUAAGACUUUGAACAAGUAUUGCUGCCGUGGUGUUCUGAGCUUCUGUCUGCACAAUGUACAUGUAAUUUGACAGAAAUCUGCUCAGUUUAGACCGAUGUUUCCCUUUUGGCCAAAUCAAUAUUUAAGAAAAUGUAGAACAUUUAGUUUUGAAUUUGUACAAAAUACACACACAGGGGAGAGAGCUGUCUUUUGUAAUGUUGAAGUUGUCUAUUAAAGGAAAAAUGGAAAUGUG